CUGCCCUGGGGGUGGUGUUCUGCAAGCUGAGCCGAAAGCUUCUGGCUUGCGCGGCCGGGGCUGUUUCUCUUGCUCUUUACUUGUAGGUCUUUGGGAAGUAUUCUUUUUUUUCUGAGUCUCGGUUCUUCUUUUGUGAGUGGAGAUCGUGGCUGUGUGAAUCUUGGGGACACAGUCUUGCCGAUAGUGGCUGUGUGAAUCUUGGGGAUAUAGUCUUGUCCGCUUUGGCACGGUACCCCAUACCCACCUCCUCUGCAGUACCCCCAUCGAAGGACGAAGAUGCAGACCUUUUUGAAGGGGAAAAGAGUUGGUUACUGGCUGAGUGAGAAGAAGAUCAAGAAGCUCAAUUUCCAGGCCUUUGCCGACCUGUGCAGGAAAAGGGGCAUAGAAGUCGUGCAGCUCAACCUUAGCAGACCAAUUGAGGAGCAGGGCCCACUGGAUGUGAUCAUACACAAACUGACUGAUGUCAUCCUGGAAGCUGAUCAGAAUGACAGCCAAUCCUUGGAGUUGGUUCAGAGAUUCCAGGAAUAUAUUGAUGCUCACCCGGAGACCAUUAUCUUGGACCCCCUCCCUGCCAUUAGGACCCUUCUAGAUCGAUCCAAGUCUUAUGAACUUAUUCGAAAGAUUGAAGCCUACAUGAAAGAUGAAAGGAUCUGUUCCCCACCCUUCAUGGAGCUCACUAGCUUAUGUGGAGAAGAUACCAUGCAGCUUCUGGAGAAGAAUGGACUGGCUUUCCCAUUUAUUUGCAAAACCAGAGUGGCCCAUGGAACCAACUCUCAUGAGAUGGCCAUCAUCUUCAACCAGGAAGGCCUCAGUGCCAUCAAGCCUCCUUGUGUGAUUCAGAACUUCAUCAAUCACAAUGCUGUCCUAUACAAAGUGUUUGUGGUGGGCGAGUCCUACACUGUGGUACAGAGACCUUCUUUGAAGAACUUUUCUGCGGGAAUGUCAGACAGAGAAUCAAUAUUCUUUAACAGCCACAAUGUGUCAAAACCAGAGUCCUCAUCCGUCCUGACAGCACUGGACAAAAUAGAAGGUGUGUUUGAGAAGCCCUCGGAUGAGGUCAUCAGGGAGAUUUCCAAGGCUCUUCGGCAAGCACUUGGUGUAUCACUAUUUGGGAUCGACAUCAUUAUCAACAACCAGACUGGACAGCAUGCAGUCAUUGAUGUCAAUGCAUUCCCAGGUUAAAGAAGGAACUCUGGGAGGAUCCUACUCAUGAACAACUCUGGUUCAUCUUGUAAUUCUUAUGCUUCUUAUACCCCACAUUCAGGCACCAUAUAUUGGAAUACAUGGGAGCCACCUGACAGUGGCUGCUGGAAAUCCAACCCAGACCUGCAGAAUAGAUCUCCUCGUGUGAGAGGAUGCUACAAGGAGACUGAGAGACAGUUGCUGUUCUCUGACCUCUCUGACUGAGAGGCUGUUGCAUUGUCUGACCUCUCUCUUCUUCCUUCUGCCUCCAAUUUAUCUCAUUCCCAGUCUGCAACACCUAUAUCAGCAAAGGCUGCUCUGCAGCUCCUUCAGAUAUUAUGAUUCACAGCUGUGGAGGCUCUUGGAGAACUGUCCCUUAACAACAACCAAGAAUCAACUACCCAGCAAAAUUAAAUAUUAUAUUUUAGGGGGAAAAAAUGAACAUCAAUAAAAUAAGAUUUUCAAUCAUUUCUGAUGAAAAGCUGUUUUGAUGAACAGCUCUCCAAGUACAAAACUCAAGAGAAGUAUAAAAAGAUAAACAGAAUUAAAAAAAAAAAAACCUUAUGGUUUUAUUCCCCAUCCCCCCAUCCCCAGGCAACUGGGGUGACUUGCCUAAGCACAUAGCUAGGAAGUGUUAAAUGUCUGAGACCAGAUUUGAACUCAGAUCUCCCAAAAAAGAAAUUAGGAGUAGAAAAGGGAUUAUACUGGAAGAAUAGGAAAGGAGAGGCAAAAAAAAUUAUUACAUGAAAAGAUAUUAAAUCAUUAAAGUUGAAGGAAAGAAGGGAGGGGAGUGAGCAUUGCUUGAACUUUAAUCUUAUCAGAUUUGGUUCAAAGAGGGAAUAGCCUAUAUAUUUAGUUUGCUAUAGAAAAAGGUAUAAAAUUUUAGUUUUAUACAUUAGAUAAAAUUGGUUUUCUCUGCAUUAUGCUUUGUAUUUUUUCUGUUUAGUACACUAAUCAAGUGUAGUUCAGUGUAUUUUUGCUAAGACACUGAAGUAUACUUUUUAGGUCUGUGACAUUGUGGUCAAUAUGGUAGACUAGUCCUCUUGGCAUUCAGGCAACUGAUCUUAAAAGCUGGAAGCUUAUUUGUUUAUACUUGAGCCACAAAGGGACACAGACUAAUAGCUGAAAAAGUCACCUCAUCCCUGAAAUCAUGUAGUGUUGAUUUGUAUAUUUGCAUGCACUACACCACAUCCUUGUACUGAAACUUAAAAAAAAUUAGCAAAUUUUUUUUAAAUUUAAAUUUGCAGAGGACUCAAAGCUGAGAGGAAUAACUAACAUGUUACAUGUCAAAAUCAGGAUACAAAAGAGGUCCCAACAGCCUAGAAUAUUGACUUACAUUAAAUGUUCUAUUUAGUAGAGAUAAAUGUAAAGUCUUACAUUUGGUUGCAAAAAUUCAAUUUUAUAAGUGCAGAAAGAGGAAAUAUGGCUAGAUAACAAGUUUUCUGAACAAAAUAAGAGGGAAGGAGAUAAGGUACAUGCUUAUUAUUAAUCAGUAGUGUGGUAUAGAGGGCCAAAAAAGCCAACUUUAGACGACAGUAAGGGAAUAAAAGUGUCCAGAAAAAAGAUUAUAAAUGUCCUGCAAAUACUACCCAAAGCAGUUAAAAUCUUCCAGCUCCAUAAUUCAUUGCUACUCAAUCUAGAUUUAUAGAUUAGAUUAAAGAUAAAGUCAAAAUGUGUUCAUGAUUUAGACAUAAAAGGCGAUACUAUAAGCAAAUUAGAAUAAUGAGGGAUAGUCUACCUCUCAGAUAUGUGGAGAAAGAAGCAAUUUAUGGGCAAAGAAGAGUGAGAGAACAUUAUGGAAUGCAAAAAUGGAUAAUUUUGAUUAUAUUAAAUUGAAAAGUUUUUGUACAAAUAAAACCAAUGCAGCCAAGAUAAGAAGAGAAGCAAAAGUGGGAAAAUUCAUUUUAAGUUCAAGGAUACUGAUAAAAUCCUUAUUUCUAAAAUAUAUAGAGAAUUGACUCAAAUUUAUUCAUUUAUUUGUUUGUUUGUUUGUUUGUUUAUUUAUUUAUUUUUAAAGAGAAUAUUUAAUAAUUUAUUUGAAAGGGAAAGAUUUACUGGAACCAAAUGGAUCCAUGGUUUGGUCCCAGGGCUGAAUGAGACUAUCGUCGCCAAGAAUCCAGUGCGAGUUCUCAAUGACCUAUAUAAAUGUGGCUCAGACUGGAUAUACUGAGGCAGGGGUAGAGUCAGAAUACUGAGAGUGGAAACGGAGGGUGGGGUGAGCAGGCGAUGACAAAAUAGGGGGAGGCACCCGGGACAAGGGGAGAGGCAUUUUGAUAAGACAGUAUCUGACAUUCCGAUAGUUUGGGAUGGGGAGAGGCAUUCUGAUAUUCUAAAACAUAAGAUCUUUUACCCUUAUCAAAUAUUCUGAUAAAGAGGGAGGCGAGGUUUUGCAGAACUGAGCUUUGAGAAGCAGGGAAACUGAAUCACUGUGACAUAAUACUAUGAACUUACCUACUUUUUGUAAUGUUUAGGUGAGAUAAUGAAUUUUAUAUUUUAAAUGCAAAUUCUUUCUUUUCUCCCCAUUCAAAUUCUAGGGGCAAGUUUUCCCCUCCACAUAUAUAUAAUGAGGAUUCCACCUUUUAUACUGGUACAAAUCCUUUGACCAGUGAGCUCAAGAGACACCCAGGAUAAAUCUUGAAAUCAUAGCAUCAUAGAUUUAGAGUUGAACUCUACAGCUAGUAAAGCUGUGUAGAAUUUGAACUCAUCGUCUAGACUCUUGAGUCCAAGGCCUUGUCUACUACCCCAAAGUGGGGUGGAUUUGUAGUGGCUUCUGAAGGACUGGUGCUUCAAUAGAUGGCAGGUAGAACAUGGGGGUGUGUGAGUCAGAAACCAUUAAUAAAACAACUGGAUAGAUCUCUAGAAGCAAAGCAAAGUCUACCAUACGUUCUCGAGAACUUGUGACCGACUUAUCGAGCAGUCCAUCGAAGGGAGGAAGCACCGUAGGGGGCAGGGUCGACACCUUUAAUGCCUAAUGCAAAUUCCCCUCCCACCACUGACCCUCAUCCUUAUUCGCUGAGGAUCUUACAUUCUAAACGCGAGAACUAUUCAAGAAAUUGAACUUGACCAAUAAGUACAUAGAUGCCCAUAUUUGGCUGAAAUAGGGAGGAUAACAAGAAGGGGACUUAAGUAUGCCCUUAGGGGGAUAACAGGGAGGGGAUAGCAGGGAGAAGAGAAGACUUUAAGUAAGUCCUUAAGAUAGCAGGGAGGAGACUUUAAGUAUGCCCUUGACUUCAUACUUAAAGUCCUUCAGGCCUACUCAAACUUCGAAAUAGAUGAAGCCUUACUCGAUUUUCACAACUGUCUUGAGAGAUCUCACUUUAUCUCGUUCAGUCCCCCCUCUUAUUUAUACACUGAGAUCUCUUCAACAUCUUAAUACAACAAAAUAUAUAAAUUUAGUUUCACACAAACUUCCCCUUCCUCAGCUAACAAAUAAUCCAGCACAAGGCUGUUGUAAAACAGCCUCUCUUGUUUGAGUAGCUUGGUCAGCCAAAAGAUCUAGUGCUUCAGCUGACUCAAAUUUAUAAGAAUAGAAACCAUUCUCCAAUUGAUAAAAAGUGAAAGAAUAUGAAUAGACAAUUUUCAGAUGAAAAAAAUUAAAGACAUUUCUAGUCAUAUGAAAAAAUGCACUAAAUUAUUAUUGAUUAAAGAAAUGUAAAUUAAGACAAUACUGGAGAUACCAGUACAUACCUCUCAGAUAGGCUAAGAUGACAGGAAAAGGUAAUAAUAUGAAAACUAUAUUUUUCCUAUUACACUGUUGGUGGAGUUGUGAAUUGAUUCAACCAUUCUGGAGAGCAAUUUGGAACUAUACCCAAAGGGCUAUCAAACUGCAUACCCUUUGAUCCAGCAGUGUCUCUCCUGGGCUUUAUCAGAAGGAGAUCAUAAAGGAGAGAAAGGGACCCAUAUGUGAAAAAACGUUUGUGGCAGCCCUUUUUGUAGUGUCAAGAAACUGGAAACUGAAUGGAUGCCCAUCAAUUGGGAAAUGGCUGAAUAAAUUAUGGUAUAUGAAUGUAAAGGGAUAUUAUUAUUCUAUAAGAAACAAUUAGGAGGAUGAUUUCAAAGAGGCCUGGAGAGACUUACAUGAAAUGAUGCUGAGUGAAGUGAGUAGAACUAAGAGAACAUUGUAUGCAGCAACAAGAUUAAAUGAUGAUCAACUGUGAAGUGACUUGGCUCUUUUCAACAAUGAGGUGAUGCAGUCCAAUUCCAUUAGACUUGUGAUAGAGAAAGCUGUCUGCAUCCAGAGAGAGGACUUCGGGGGACUGAAUAUGGAUCACAAUAAAGGAUUUUCACUUUC